AGCUCAGUGUCCCAAGAGCAGCAUCUGUGGCUGAGGAGGGGACAGAAGCAAGUUUGGGGCUUCAUCUGCUCCGGUGACAGUAGAGAUUCUGGGACAGCUGGUUGGUCUCUCCUGCACCCCUACCUGGAAACCUACACGUAGCCUCCAUAGAUCAAAUAGCAAGCAAAGGCCUUCUCAAAGUCUUAGUGACAGACUGUCUCAGCCAUUUUUUUUUAACUUGACGAUGCCAUCAAAUAUUUGCAAGUUCUUCCUAACUUGGUGGUUAAUUCAGCAGGUGACUGGGCUGACAGGGCCUUUGAUGCUAGACAUGGCUCCCAAAGCAUUUGAUGACCAGUAUGAGGGCUGUGUCAACAAAAUGGAGGAAAAGGCACCCCUGCUUUUACAGGAAGACUUUAAUAUGAAUGCGAAAUUAAAAGUUGCAUGGGAAGAGGCAAAGAAACGAUGGAACAACAUAAAACCUAGUAGGACUUAUCCCAAAGGUUUCAAUGAUUUCCAUGGAACGGCUUUAGUUGCCUACACUGGGAGUAUCGCUGUAGAUUUUAACAGAGCUGUUAGGGAAUUCAAGGAAAAUCCUGGUCAAUUCCACUACAAGGCCUUCCAUUACUACUUAACAAGAGCUCUUCAGCUUUUGAGUAACGGGGAUUGUCAUUCAGUCUACCGAGGCACUAAGACCAGGUUUCACUAUACUGGAGCUGGCUCUGUGCGAUUUGGGCAGUUCACAUCUUCAUCAUUGUCUAAGGCAGUAGCUCAAUCUCCAGAGUUUUUCAGUGAUCAUGGGACGCUGUUCAUCAUCAAAACCUGCUUGGGGGUUAAUAUCAAACAAUUCUCUUUCCGUCCUGACCAAGAGGAGGUGUUAAUUCCAGGCUAUGAGGUAUAUCAGAAAGUCAGGACACAAGGCUACAACGAAAUUUUCCUGGACUCCCCGAAGAGGAAGAAGAGCAACUACAAUUGCUUGUACAGCAGCGCAGGAGCCAGAGAGAGCUGUGUAUCCCUGUUCCUCGUGGUUCUCCCCAGUCUUCUGGUCCAGCUGCUUUGUCUUGCUGAGCCGUAGCCCUCUCCUGUCUGCAGUUUGUGGGUCUGAGUGUUAAAGGGAGGCCAAGGGGCAAGCACUCGAUUGGUUGUCUAAGAUCUGUGGUGGAGGGGAGGGUGGGAUCCUAUCAGGGAAGGUCUGCUCUAGCAUGCACGACUUCUGUAGGCAUCCAAGGAUCUGACUUUGUUAGUCCCUGAAACUUUACACU